AUGUUGUUGUUGUUGUUGUUUACAGGCAUGGAGGCGCUGGACACGGCGGUGUCGUACUGGGAGGACGCGCUGGCUGCCUACACCGUGGAGCGCGGCGGCGGGGGCGGGCCGCUGGCGCUGCCCUCGCAGGAGGAGGCGGAAUUCGCGCGGGAGCUCCAGCAGCUGCUGGACGCCGCCUACCGCCUCCAGGCCGACAGCGAGACCAUGUUCCUCGACCAGCGGUCCGUGCUGUUCCGGACGGACAGCUCGGCGCGGCUGUACGGGGAGUCCAUGACGACGUACACCUCCAACCCGGAAUCCUUCGUCUCCGCCCAAGAUGAGGUAGCUGACUUGAGAGAAUUUGAAGAAUUUGUUGACAUAUUUCCUGACAUAGGAAGUCUUGCACUGUAUCAGUCAGCAACAAAACAAUUUGAAGAAUCGGGUAUUCCUUACAGGUCUUUACGAACUGAAAUGGUACAUUGUGCAUCUGAUGUGGAGUACCUAUGCAAACUUCACUGUAUACGAUUAGCUUUCCAGUAUUUGUUUAGAGACCCAGGAGUUUCUCGAUGGUUUGCUGAUACAGGUCGGCAAGUUCUUACUGAUCUUAUUUUAUUUGCAGACAGGGAUCCAAAAGAAUUCUUGGUUGCCUAUGAGAGUAUGUUAGAAUUUUUACAUAAUGAGAGCAACUGGGUUGAAGUUGAGCAGGAACUGAGUUUGAAAGGAGUUAAAGCAAUGACAUUUUAUGAUAUAGUGCUUGAUUAUAUUUUGAUGGAUGCUUUUGAAGACCUUGAUUCUCCACCCUCCUCAGUUACAGCAGUUGUCCAGAACAGAUGGCUCUCAAAUGGAUUUAAAGAAACAGCUCUUGCUACUGCAGUGUGGUCAAUAUUGAAAGCAAAACGCCGGAUACUGAAGUUCCCCUAUGGGUUCAUGGCUCACUUCUAUGCAAUUUCAGAACAGGUUUCACCACUCAUGGCCUGGGGAUACCUUGGUCCUGAUGAAAAUCUAAGAGAAAUGUGCCAUGCUUUCAAGGACCAUGUUGUUGGAUUCCUUGUGGACAUCUUUAGUUUCCAGAAAUCUCGAUUUACAACUGUGGAGGAGCUUGCUGAAGAUGUAUUAAAAUAUGCAAAAGGAAGAGCAGAAAGUCUAAGUUUAAAAAUGUCUUUACAAGAACAAAUAGGUGUAGAUAAACUGAAUAUGUCAUAGAUCGUAAUAGAUGUCAUGUGUCAUGUAGAUGGAGUUUAACAGUAUUUGACAACUUAGAGUAUUACAUUUAUUAUUAACAGAAAUUGUUAUAGUGAAACUAUGAGUCACCAGUACUCACCUGUAUGUUCUACACAGUGUGGUGCUGCAUUGAUAAGUGAAAAUGUAGGAUGUGCAAACAAAUUGUUUCAAUGUUAGGAUUGUGAUGUUGGCUAUAUGAUGAUGAUUUUUUUAUGAACAAUCAUUCCAGUUUCAAGUACAUAAUUCAUAUUAUUUUCUCAUUAUGUGAAAGUGACAUCAAGAAUCUGUGAAUUAAGUGGAAUCUCAGUUUUUUUUUUUUUUUUGUUUUUGCUUAAAACUUUUACAGAAAACUGUAUGGAAUAACUAUUUAGUGACAUGUUCAAAUGUAUUGUGUAUCUCAAUUUAUGUUUAUUUUUUAGGGUUUUGCAGACAUUUAUAGAACAGGUUUACAGCUGAUAGUCUCUUCUCCCCUCUCCUGCUUCUUCUUUCUUCUU